AUGUCAUCGACGACGUCCUUCAGCCCCGCGGCCUGCGCCGACCGCCUCGCCCGAGCCUGGCUCACCGGCGAGACCAUCACUGAGCGAGGCGACCACUUCACGCCGCCCGACGUCGCCUCUGUGUACGCGGUGCACGAGGCGCUGCGGGAGCACCCGUCGAUCGGCUCUGUGGGCGGCGUCGUGGGCUACAAGAUGGGCGGCACCGGCGUGGCGGCGCUUCCGAGCGGCGAGCCGGUGCCUGCGCUCCCGGGUUUGCUGCUCGGGCCGCCGCCCGGUGUCGCCAGCCCCGAGUUUGGCGUCGUGGCGGAGGGCGUGUCGCUGCCGCGGGCGCGCUGCAACUACAGCAACGUCGAGGCGGAGGUUGGCUUUGUCAUGAGGUCGACUCCUGUGCCCGCCUCGACCUGCUUCCCGCUCUCAGAGGCGGACGUGUGGGCGGCCGUCGGCGAGGUGUUCCUCGCCAUCGAGGCUUGCGGCUCGCGGUACGCGCUCGAGAAGCCGACGGCGCUGGAAAAGUCGGCCGACGCACAGAGCGCCGGGGCAGUGGUGCGCGGGCGAGGCUGGCGGGUGGGCUGCGCCGGCUGUCCCUCUGCAAAAGCGCUCGCGGCGGUAGAGACGACGAUCUCGAUCAAUGGGACGCAGGUUGCCUCUGGCGCCGCCUCCCUCGUCCCGCUCGGCUCCCCCCUCGCCAGCCUCACCUGGCUCGCCAACCACCUCCCGUCGCGCGGCGAGCGGCUGAGGCCGGGGCAGACCGUCAUCACGGGCGCCUGCUCCAAGACCAAGGCCUUCGCCGUGGGCGACGACAUCGUGGCCUGCUUUGGCGAGCUCGGAAACGUCCGGCUCACCUUUCGGUGA